UGAUUUUGCAUUUCUGGGAAGGAAGUCUGUUUUGUUUACAAACAAUCUUCCUCCCUGUCAGCUCGGCCACACUGCUCUGGAUGGCUGUCCACAGCACAGCCAUCCCGAUCAGUGUGCUUACAGUGAAGCACCCCCCCCCAGUAAAACACUCCCUACAUAUAGUUAACCCUUUGAUCACCCCUCAUGUUAACCCCUUCCUGCCCAGUGCCCUAAGUACAGUGUCAGUGCUUUUUUUUUAGCACUGAUCACUGUAUUGGUGUCACUGGGGUGUCAGUGAUGCCAAGUUAGUUCCCCCCCCAGUGUCAGAAUGUCCGCCACAGUCCCGC